GAUGGAUUCUUGUGUAUAGGUGUCAUUUGCAAAUACCAUCAUAGUGUUUUCGUGAUAAUCGAAUUAUUCGAGCAACUGGAGUGAAAAAAACAAUAAUAACAAUGAAUCAAGGGCCAGUAUCUUGUUUACCUAUGAACAGUAAAAUGUCGAAAGUGAAAAAAGCACUCGACGAAGCACGCGAAGCUCGUUCUCGCGAAUUAGAUUUGGUUGACAAAAAUGUAAUUUCCUUCGAUGAAAUGCCAGGCCUGUUGAAUAUGCUGAAUGUGACCAGAGUGACAUUGAGUCAUAAUCGCAUCGCAUCAAUCCCGCCUGGCAUUGCCAAUUUGACGAAUUUGGAGAUUUUGAAUUUGACCAACAAUCAUAUCGAAGAGCUCCCAGUUUCGAUUUCGUCAAUGCCAAAACUUCGUAUUUUGAACUUGUCCAUCAACCGUCUCAGUUCAUUGCCUCGCGGUUUUGGUGCCUUCCCAGUGCUCGAAUUACUCGAUUUGUCAUACAAUAAUUUGGACGAAAAUGCAUUACCCGGAAACUUUUUCAUGAUGGAAACUCUUCGCGCUUUGUACUUGGGAGACAAUGAAUUUGAGCACAUCCCUCCAGGCCUCGGAAACUUGAAGAAUUUGCAAAUUUUGGGCCUACGCGACAAUCAACUGUUGGAUGUCCCACGUGAGAUCGGAGAAUGUACUCGUUUGCGUGAAUUGCAUAUUCAAAACAAUCGUUUGACGGUUCUUCCACCAGAAGUUGGUUUCCUUGACUUGCAAGGCAGCAAAUCAGUUUUGAAAAUGGAAGAGAACGAAUGGGUUCCACAAAUUGCCGAACAAUACAUACUUGGAAUCAAUCAUGUACUUGAAUACAUCAAAACGGAAGCGUACAGAAUAAUGUACAACCGUCUGAUGAAUGCUGGUAGUUUGGGCAAAGUACCGCCAAGAAUUGACAAAAGCAAGAAGGCAUCACAACUCAAGAGCUAAGCACACAUAGCCGUUGUUCUGUCAACUAUUUUUGCGCACACUAAUUUACUUACCAGAAAACGAUGCGUGUUUAACUGGACUAAUUACAAAGUAUUUGCCUUAUAUUUUAACACAAAACGAGCAAGCACAAACAAACAAACCGGUGGCCAAAAAUCACACGUGCCUUAAGAAAUCUUCAUUUUAUCUUUUUAGAAAAAAGUCUUCAUAUAUUUGUUUUAUGUAUUAUAAAUGUUUAUUAACGAAAUGUGUAUUUUUAAUCCUCUUUGCGAAAUAAAAAAAAAAACUAAAAC